CUGCAAAGUGCUCAGCCAACUACUUAGCUUGGCGUAUCCAUUAUCAUAACCUUCGGUCCCCGUAUUCGAUUCAUUCAGAACCGGACCCAUUGGGGGCGACUAGACUUUAUUCCACCAACAACCACAUUGGUCCGUACCGUGUUGGUCAUACAAUAUUUAAACGGGCUCUCUUCGCGCCCAUCAUCUCCUCGACCAGCUUUUAUCAUGUCUAACACCACUACCACUAUCUACAUCACUGACACCAACUAAUGACAUUAUCCUAUGGAGCUCACUACAAUCGCAUCGGAACGGUCCAGGAGACCGAUUCUAUACAUCACUGUUGCUGCAAUCACAGCUUUGGCGCUCGCAGGGUCACGAUUUCAUUGGUCGCCAGAAAAUGGAAAUGGCAACUUCGAUGUCGACCCAGUCUUUAAUCUUCCGCGGCCACCCGUUGAUUUGCCAUAUAUCAAAACCAACAACAUCAUCUGCAUGGUUGCUAUGAGCUUGAUCGGACUAUCAGCCGUUCUACUGGGUGGACGGGAUGCACGACGCACGCGCACGAUACUCCCCCUUAUUCUCCCCCUGAGUGGGGCGAUGAUCGCGUUUCCGGAGACAUUCAUCGACGUAUUAGGAUGCACAUACUACCCCUGGACGGAAAGCAAUGCCUCAUUUCACCUCCUAGGCCGCGAGAUGCCUCCAUGGAUCCCGAUAUGGUUUGGUUAUGGCUCGUUGAUGCAAGUCAACCUUCAGCUUCUGUACAGCAAGACCAAGACCAAGAAUCUCUGGUGGCUUUUGGUUCUGAUGAUGGGUUCUGACCUAGUCGUGGAAGAGAUCCUACUGCCAAUGGGAGUCUACUCUUACUACGGAAACCAACCGUUGGUUGUUUUCAACAUGUUUCCUUGGUGGUGGAUGGCUCCUAACGCUGUGGGGGUCUUCUUUGCAACCGCGCUCGCCUAUCGUUUUCGCUCCUUACUCGUUGGUUGGAAGGUUUUAGCUAUCCUCUUCCUGACUCCAAUGUCUGUGGGCGGGGUAUACGGCUUUAUUUGCUUUCCGGCAUGGGUUGCUGUUAAUGGCCAUUGGGGCUGGUUUACCACGCAGCUACUGGGACUUCUGACGAUUUUCCUUGGCUUCAUUGCCUUCUGCGCCAUAUUGAUACUUGUGCUUGGGAGGGAGCCUUUCGGUUGGAAUGCAAACGGCGAAGAGGAAGGUUUGGAUGGUGAUGAUAUAAUACAACCAAGAGCGUCAUGAAGAUGGGAGUAUUUGAAAGGAGGAGUUUUUGUGCAAUAUCUGUAUGCAACAUCCCGGCCAUGAUCCCAAGCUGGUCACUUAACCGCGCCAACGCGCCUUGUCUUAUAAUAAAGCACACUUAGUCUUAGGCCUUAAGGCACAGAAAAUACCCAAUUAAUC